UACUCGGGGGAAAAGUAGAAAACUAUGGAGUCUCUCCCUCUUCUCUUCCUACUCUGCUCCCUCCUCCUCAUCCUCCUCCACACCGCCACAUCAAAAUCCCAGCCCAUCUCCAUCAACUGCCUCGCCAACGCGAACGACACCGCAAACAGCACCUUCCAUUUGAACCUCAACAACCUCCUGUCUUCCCUUCCCUCCGCCGCUGCUCCGUCCGGCUUCCACAACACGACGGUCAGUCGAAGCUGCGGUGACCAAGUCUACGGCCACGCUUUAUGCCGCGGCGACGUCUCCUCUUCCGACUGCAACAACUGCUUGACUACCGCCGCGCAAGAUGCCGUCGUAAAGUGCCCGCACGGCACGUCGAACACCAUGUGGUACGACUACUGCAUGCUGCGCUACUCCAACCAGAGCUUCUUCGGCGUUGCUGACAGCUCGUUCCGGAUAUACAUGUGGAAUGUGCAGAACGUCACGGACCCGCAGCUGUUCGAUGACCAGCUCGGGCAGCUGAUGAAGAGCUUGGCCAUGAAAGCAGCCUACGGGUCGGGGCAGCCACAGUUAUUCGCGGUGGGGGAGGUCAACUUUACGAGCUUUAAUAACAUAUACGGGCUGGCGCAGUGCACGAGGGAUCUGUCACCGGCCGACUGCUAUGGGUGCUUGACGAGUUUCAUCGGGAGCAUCCCCCAGUGCUGCAGCACGAAGAUUGGCGGGAGGAUUUUCGGAGAGAAUUGUAUCGUCCGGUUUGAGUCUUAUCAGUUUUAUAAUUUGUCGGCCAUUGAGAACCAGACGGCACCGCCUCCUCCGCAAUCGAAUGGGACGCCAGCACCGCCGGCAGGGUCGGGUCAGAAUACGGGUAGUGGCAGCAGUGGAACGGGCGGUAAGGGUAGCGGAGGAAAGAAGAAGAAUGUAACCAGCACAGUUCUAGCAAUAGCCAUACCUUUAGUGACUGCAUUUGUUACAAUUUCCACUAUUUGCAUUUUCUUUUGGAGGAGGAGGUGGAGGAGAUCUGCCCCAAAAGGACCACUAUACUACGAAACCGAUGCAGAGGAGAUCAAAAGUGCUGAGUCACUGUUUAUUGAUUUAUCAACAUUAAGAGCUGCAACAGCUAACUUUGCUGAGGAGAAUAAGCUUGGAGAAGGUGGCUUUGGUGCCGUUUAUAAGGGACUCUUACCUAAUGGAAGAGAAAUAGCAGUGAAGCGACUAUCAAAAGAUUCAGGACAAGGACUAGGAGAGCUUAAAAAUGAGUUAUUAUUGGUCGCAAAGCUCCAGCACAAGAACCUUGUGAGGCUUUUAGGUGUCUGCUUGGAAGAACAGGAGAAGCUGCUUGUCUACGAAUAUUUGCCUAAUAGAAGUCUAGACACUAUCCUUUUUGAUUCUGAGAAACGAGGAUGGCUAGAUUGGGGAAAAAGGUACAAGAUUAUUAGUGGAAUUGCUCGAGGCCUACUAUACCUACAUGAAGAGUCUCAGCUAAAAGUUGUACACCGAGAUCUAAAGGCGAGCAACAUUCUAUUAGAUGCCGAGAUGAACCCGAAGAUUUCAGACUUCGGCUUGGCAAGGCUUUUCGGAGGGGACCACUCUCAGGAAAUUACAAGACGAGUCGUCGGAACAUUUGGAUAUAUGGCGCCAGAGUACGCCAUGCAUGGGUACUUCUCAAACAAGUCAGAUGUAUUCAGUUUUGGUGUUAUGGUUUUGGAGAUUGUAGCCGGGAGGAAAAACGCUGGUUCCUUCAAUUCUGAGCAGUCUGAAGAUCUAAUAAACUAUACAUGGGAGAAUUGGACCAAGGGGACAAUAACAGAGGUAGUGGACUCAUCCUUAGGCAACCACUAUCCAAGAAGCGAGGUGCUGAGAUGCAUCCAUAUUGGGUUACUCUGUGUUCAAGAAAACCCGGCAGAUCGGCCCAACAUGUCGAGGGUCGUCGUGAUGCUGAGCAGUAGAACUGUGACCCUCGAAACUCCUUCAAAACCGGCAUUUUGCUUUGGAAUGAGUAGCAUGCAAUUCAACAUGUACUCGAAUGCAUCAAAGUAUCAUGGACUAGUAGCUGAACAAUCCUCGAGCAAGUCGAUUCCACCUUCGCCAAAUGAGGUGUCGAUCACGGAACUUGAGCCUAGGUAGUUGGAGAAAAAGAGAGGAUUCUGAAAGACUUAAAAAGUCUCAGAGACUUAAUGUUGGUGGAUUUAUCACUUCUAGUGCUUGAAUUAUCCUAUGAAGUAUUGUAACUGUAUUUGUAUCUUUUUGUAUGUAUUUUAAUGUCCUUCACAGCAAUGAAUUUCCAAAUUUUACUCAAAUUUGAAGAAAUGUUAUAGAUGGUUGGUAUUUACUAGGAUGAAAAAUGGUUACCUUGUUAUAAUUUUAUGUACUAUGCAUAGAAAAUUGCAAAAACCAAAGGAACCAAAUGCUAUUGGGGGUGCGUUCAUAAUGCAUAAAGAUGCGUAAUUCUACAAGUAAAAACAGAAAAUAAGAGAGCCACUCGGAAUUGUAUUUACAGUUAUAAAAGGCUGAAGUAUUUUUAUUUAAUUUCCUUGUAUCGAGAGAUUACAUGAGUAUAUACUGGGACAAAUGGAUGCCUUAUAAAGCAUCAGUAAGUAACUUA